GGCGACAAUCGCUUUUUCCCCGAAUGCUGUCCGCUGCGCGCAUCCCGCAUUACAUCUCCUGCUCCAUUCAGCUCACCAGGCUUUGAUCUGAUCAUCUGAUGUGUCAGAGCCACAUUUAAUCCCAAGCAAAAAAGGCAUCGCUCUGUUUCAUUUGAUUUGCUUUGCUUUUUUAUGCAUUAAUUAUCAGGACGGAGCCUGGGUGGUGUCACAGUACUACAAUGAUUGAAAGACCAGACUCGGCUGUUACCAGCGUUGCGCAGAGGAAUCUGGAGGGAUAUGUGGGAUUCGCCAACCUGCCCAACCAAGUUUACCGCAAAUCUGUCAAAAGAGGCUUCGAGUUUACACUCAUGGUUGUAGGUGAGUCUGGAUUGGGCAAAUCGACGCUCAUCAACUCGCUCUUUCUGACUGACCUGUACUCCAAAGAUUAUCCCGGACCGUCUCAGAGGAUCAAAAAGACAGUGCAGGUGGAGCAGUCCAAAGUGCUGAUUAAGGAGGGGGGAGUGCAGCUCACACUCACCAUAGUGGACACGCCAGGGUUCGGUGAUGCUGUGGACAACAGCAACUGUUGGCAGCCAGUGAUCAACUACAUCGACAGUAAGUGUGAGGACUUCCUGAAUGCCGAAUCACGCGUCAACCGAAGACAAAUGCCAGAUAACCGAGUGCACUGCUGUCUGUACUUCAUCGCCCCCUCUGGUCAUGGUUUAAAGCCUCUGGAUAUCGAGUUCAUGAAGCGUCUACACGACAAAGUCAACGUCAUCCCGCUUAUCGCGAAGGCCGACACUCUCACACCGGAGGAGUGCCAGCAAUUCAAGAAACAGAUUAUGAAGGAGAUUCAAGAACACAAAAUUAAGAUUUAUGAGUUUCCCGACACAGAGGAGGACGAGGACAGCAAACUCAUCCGCAAGAUAAAGGAGCGGAUGCCUCUGGCCGUAGUGGGCAGCAACGUGGUGGUCGAAGUGAACGGCAGGAAGGUCAGAGGGCGUCAGUACCCCUGGGGUGUGGCAGAAGUGGAGAACGGCGAGCACUGUGACUUUACUGUCCUACGAAACAUGCUUAUCAGGACCCACAUGCAGGACCUGAAGGACGUGACUAACAACGUGCACUACGAGAACUACCGCAGCAAGAAGCUGGCCGCCGUCACCUGCAACGGAGUGGACGCCAGCAAGAGCAAAGGCCAACUGACCAAGAGUCCGCUGGCUCAGAUGGAGGAGGAACGAAGGGAGCAUGUGAUGAAGAUGAAGAAGAUGGAAGGUGAAAUGGAGCAGGUGUUUGAGAUGAAGGUCAAAGAGAAGAAACAGAAACUGAAGGACUCUGAGGCUGAGCUGGAGAGAAGACAUGAGCAGAUGAAGAGGAACCUGGAGGUGCAGUAUAAGGAGCUGGAGGAGAAGAGGAGGCAGUAUGAGGAGGAGAAGGCAAACUGGGAGGCACAGCAACGCCUGCUGGAGCAGCAGAAACUCGACGCCUCCAAAACCAUGGAGAAGAACAAGAAAAAAGGGAAAAUCUUUUAACGAGGCCGACGUCCUUCCCCUCUGCCUCAGCACCACACACUCCUUUUUAAACUCCCUGCUCGCAUGAUUAUGACCCCCAGGUUCCACACACACACACACACGCAUACAUAGACACACACACACACUCGCUUUGCACCCACAUUUCUUUUGGAACAUUCCAGACGCAUGAUUUUUUUGUUUUGUAGAUGAACUGAUCUGUGUCACAGCUCUGUAACUGCGGUUCGAUGAUAUGAGACGCCCUCGUGUGGACGCUGACUGUUACUGCACUCACGGCUGAGCGCAUCCUAGAUUUUAAUGACGAAGAGGAUUUUAUUUACCAGUCCUCUGAUAGCUAAUAGAAGGCCUGGUCGUUCCAUUUCAAGCACACACACACAAAUACACACACACACACACACACACAGAGCAGAGUCUGUGCCAGCAGAGUACUGAAGAGGGGGAGUUUGAAAUACCGAAAGGGGCGAUAACGUAAUGCAAAGUAUUCCCAGCUAUUAAAAAAAAACAUAUUUGUCGGGCCGUAAACAAACAUGUCGCUACUACAACAUGAAAUUAAAAGCUACAGAGCAACGUACAGAUAAUCUUACUAAAGCCUAGACCUGUUCAAAAACUCGACUCAUUGAUUGCCAUGAUAUAAAUACGUCUUAGACCACCAGAUAUAAAUACAUCUCAGAUGCACCAUUUCAGCAGUUUUACAGCGAAUACAGACAAGUUGCCAUGACACCACCACCACCAAAAGCAGUUAACUGCGUCUGCUUGGCUGCUUGUUUGGAGCCCAGGACCAGCAGUAGUAGCAGCUCUUCUAGUUUCUUUCUUUUUAAUCCAUUUCCGAAUUUCCAUGUUUAAACGAUCUAAUGCAGUGCAGCCUUGAAAUUAUACAAUGCAUGUACUUUUGUGCUUUUCGUGCCACAGGAAGUUUAACGUAACGUAACGUAGGCUAAUGUGUGAAAGCACGCUUUAAUCAAACAACCAAUCAAAAUGUGACUUUGUGUAAAAUACUGCCCUUAAAUAAAAUAUCGCUGUUUUCACACUACAAAGCUGAAGCACCUGGCAAAAGUGAUUUUUUUUUAAAAAAUAGCGUAUUUCAUCAUUAAAAUCCCUUUACAUAUUCAUCUUGACUGAGGGGGUGGGAUAGUCCCGGGGAGGGGGCGUCGCCCUUCACGCCCCCUCGCGGCGCCGGCCCUGACACACAGUUCUUAAAAUUUUGACCAUCAAAUACUGGGAAUUUGUAUACAGGAGACCUGAGCUUUAAUUCUGACCCCGUUUGAUCAUGUGCACAGUAAUAUGUGUGUGUGUGUGUGUGUGUGUGUGUGUGUGCGAACACAGUAUAGAUGUACAUAUUAGAGCCCUAGCCAAGCUCAUAUUGACUUUAUUCGUGUUUUUCUUUAAAGCACAUGACAGAAUCGAAGAUAUUUCUUCAAUCUGUGCUAAUAAAAUACAGUUCCUAUCUUGAUACAUCAUUAUAAUGCAAUUUAUUUGUUUGUUUUUUUAAAUAAAUUUCAAAAAGUCACUGCAACAUCACCUCUAAUUACUUACAAGUAAAUUUUAUUUGUAAAUCUACUCCUUCUACAACAGUGACUUGUUUGAAGUCUUACUUGCUUAAGUAAAUCUCACUAAAUAAAUAGUGGCAUAUAAAAGGCUAAGCUACCUAGCUAAUGUGUUUGCAGAGAAAAUUGCCUAGCUAGUUUAGCUAAUCAUCUUUUAAGUAAUGUAAGCAUCGUAACUUUUAAAACAAUGGAAAAAUUUAUGAUAUGAUGUUCUAUUAACCAAUAGAAAAAUAUCUAUAUACAGUAUAUAGAUAAGGAGAGAGAAAAUACCUUGAAUAUGGGCAAAUGUAUGUAAUAUUUCUUAUUAUGAGAUGAUUAUAAAUCAAAUAUUACAUUUUUCAGCCUGUUUUAGAUGCUCUUACUCACGUAAAGCUGUAAUUGUUCUUAUUAUGUUGGCAGAUUUUUUGUUUCUUUAUAGAAGUAAAUGCUUAAAAUGAGAAAAAAGCUCAAAAUGAGUAAAUAAUCGGUAGAAAUGGGUUUAAUGAUCAUAUAUUCGAUUUAUUGUAAUCUUCUAAUAGGAAAUAUUAAAUACAUUUGAUUAAAUUUAAGAUAUUUUCACUCACUAAGUUUCAUUUUUUAAGGUGUGUGUGUCUCUAAUAUGUAUAUCUGUAGUGUAUCGGUCCGUUCUGACAUUUCUCCUGCUUUCUCGCAGACAGGAAGUGGAACAGAGGGCUUGAUGGACAGCUAAGAGGCGCUAAGAUUAGCUUCAGUCAGGCGAAAUAGAAUAUUUACAGUAGUGUGUGAGGAUACUAGCAUAAAUACACACACUCAUACACUCUCUCUCACACACACACACACACACACAUACAGCUGCUAACAUCAGCUAUUAAUUCUUAAGAAUUUGUAAUCAAUAUUGGUUUAUUUGUCUGUACAGCUACGCACACACACAAGCACACACACACACACACACACAGUUUCCACUAUGCAAAUAUAACAGUUCUUCCGGCUAUCAGUUAGCGAAUGCUCACGCUGCAAACAUCUCACUAGAACUAACCUCAAAGUUUAUCUAAAAUUUUCUCAACCUUUACCAUGAGAACCCAACAUCAAUCCCCCAACACACACACAUACACACACACACACACACACACACUUUUUAUGUUUUUAUAUGUAUUCUGUUUUCAUCAUAAUGUGUUUUUUUUCCCUGCAUUUUAUUAUUGUCUAUUCUGUCCAUCCUAACUGUACAUUAUUACUAUUAAAGAUGAGACGGUGAUGCUAAACACA